CGGAAUGUUCGGUGGGCAGAACUACAUACAGUCAGUCUGGCUCUCAUGUUUGGUUGAAAUGAUUGGACUGAGACAGUUGAUUAUGUGUUGAAAAGACAUCUGGAUGGACACAGCACUACCCUACCACUACCCUACCACACCUUUCUUCUUCAAACAGGAAGCUUUUACUUUGUAACUGGAUACAAUUAUAAAGAAGAAACGGACCUUCAUUUGGAAUAGUAACAACAUUUUCAUUAUGCCAACUUGAAUGGCAUGGCUUUUGAGGAAACCUAACCCUGAUUGUUUUGAAAGAGUUCACAAGAGUGGUCGAGUUAACUUUUGAAGAAUCUUCUGAAGUCUUUACGGGAACAAAAUCACAAAAUGGAUCAAGCAAGCGGUGGAGAGGAUCCUAUCAAAGCCAAUAAAAAGAAAGAAAAAGAGGAUGAGAGUAAAAACAAAAAACUGCGUGACCGGAUCACCAGUUUUCGGAAGACUGGGAAUAAAAAGGACAAGCCCCUGAUCCAGCACUCCACAGACCCCCUGUCCACUCAGGUAGAGAUGCCCAUGCCCCAGCCCCUCUUCGACGACCGCUCCAUGAACCUCUCCGAGAAGGAGAUCAACGACCUCUUUGAGAAGAUGAUGGAGGACAUGAACCUGAAUGAGGAGCGUAAAGCCCCCCUGCGUGGGAAGGACCUGAGCACCAAGAGGGAGAUGGUUGUACAGUACAUCUCUGCCACCUCCAAAUCUAUCACCGGGAGCAAAGUCACAGGAGGACUGAGGAACAGCAAGCAUGAGUGUACACUGUCAUCACAAGAGUAUGUCCACGAGCUGCGCUCUGGCAUCAGUGAGGACAAGCUGCUCAUCUGCCUGGAGUCCCUUCGUGUCUCUCUCACCAGUAACCCUGUCAGCUGGGUGAACAACUUUGGCCAUGAAGGACUGGGCCUCCUCUUGGAUGCAUUGGAUAAGUUGCUGGAUAAGAAACAGCCAGAAAGUAUAGACAAAAGGAACCAGCACAAGCUGAUCCAGUGUCUCAAGGCCUUCAUGAACAAUAAGUAUGGACUGCAAAGGAUUCUGGGAGAUGAGCGAAGCUUGCAUCUCCUGGCCAGGGCCAUUGACCCAAAACAGACCAGUAUGAUGACAGAGAUCGUCAAGAUCCUCUCAGCUAUCUGCAUCAUUGGAGAGGAAAACAUCCUGGAUAAGAUCCUGGCUGCCAUGACGAUUGCAGCGGAGAGGAAUAACAAGGAGAGAUUUGCUCCGAUAGUGGAGGGACUGGAAAAUCACGAGGCCCAACAGCUCCAGGUGGCCUGCAUGCAGCUGAUCAACGCUCUGGUCACCUCUCCGGACGAUCUGGACUUCAGGAUACAUCUACGCAACGAGUUCCUCCGCUGUGGCCUCAAGAAGAUCUUACCGGAGCUGAAAGAGACAGAGGAGCUGGACAUCCAACUGAAGGUGUUCAAUGAGAACAAGGAGGAGGACUCCAUUGAGCUCUCCCAUCGCCUCGAUGACAUCCGCGCCGAGAUGGAUGAUAUGGGUGAGGUGUACCAUCUCCUGUCCAACAUGGUGAAAGACACCGGGUCGGAGACCUACUUCCUGUCAAUCCUACAGCAUCUCCUGCUCAUCAGGAACGACUACUACAUCAGGCCCCAGUACUACAAGGUGAUAGAGGAAUGUGUGUCUCAGGUGGUUCUCCAUCGCAGCGGGAUGGACCCAGACUUCGGGUACAGAGAGAGACUGGAUGUAGACUUCACCCACCUCAUUGAUCAGUGUGUGGAUAAAGCCAAAGUGGAUGAGAGCGAACUGAAGGCUGCUGAGUUCUCCAAAAAGUUCGAUGAAGAGUUCAGCGCCCGGCAGGAGGCCCAGGCCGAGUCCCAGAAGAAAGAGGAGAAAAUCAAAGAGCUGGAAGGGCAGAUCUGCAAUCUGAAGACCCAGAUUGCAGCCGGACCAGCGGCGGCCGGGACAGGAGUCCCACCUCCAGCCCUACCGGGGGGAUUGGCACCCCCUCCUCCGCCGCCUCCUGGCAUGGCCAGCAUGCCCCCUCCGCCUCCACCCCCGCCACCUCCAGGCGUAGGGCCACCCCCACCACCCCCUCCCCCCGGUUGUGGUCCCCCACCUCCCCCACCCUUCCCCGGGGCUCCAGGUAUCCCUCCGCCUCCUAUGAUGGCCAUACCUGUUAUCAAGCUGCCUUAUGGACUGGAGGCCAAGAAGACCUACAAGCCUGAGGUCGUCAUGAAGAGAGUCAACUGGUCCAAGAUAGUGCCUCAGGAAAUGGCAGAGAAUUGCUUCUGGAUCAAAGUCAAAGAGGAGAAGUUUGAGAAUCAAGAAUUCUUUGAACAGCUCUCCCUCAGCUUUUCCUCCAGGACCAAAGUGAAAAAUGAGGUGGAUGAGACAGACGCCAGGGUGACACAAUUCAAGAAAAAGGCGAAGGAGCUGCGAAUCUUGGACGCAAAGACGGCACAGAAUUUGUCAAUUUUCCUGGGCUCAUUCCGGCUGCCUUAUGAAGAGAUCCGGGACAUUGUGCUGGAGGUGGACGAGGGGAGGCUGAGCGAAUCACUGAUCCAGAACCUGAUAAAGAACCUACCAGAGCAGAAGGAGCUGAGCGCUCUGGCAGAACUGAAGAAUGAGUACGAGGACCUAUGUGAGCCUGAACAGUUUGGCAUUGUGAUGAGCUCUGUGAAGCUGCUGCGCUCACGCCUCAACGGAAUCCUUUUCAAGCUGACCUUCGAGGAGCAGGUGAACAACAUCCGUCCGGACAUCAUGAAUGUGACGUUCGCCUGCGAGGAGGUGAAGAAGAGUGACAGCUUCAGCAAGCUGCUGGAGAUGGUGUUGCUGGUUGGCAACUACAUGAACGCUGGCUCCCGGAAUGCCCAGACAUUUGGCUUCAACAUCAGAUUCCUCUGCAAGCUUCGAGACACUAAGUCGGCCGACCAAAACACAACGCUGCUCCACUUCCUGGCUGAGAAGUGUGAAGCGAAGUACCCGGAGAUCCUGAGGUUCCCUGAAGAGCUGCAGCAUGUGGAGAGUGCUAGCAAAGUUUCUGCCGAGAUCCUGAAGAGCAGUCUCAGCACCAUGGAGCGACACAUCCAGAGGCUAGAAAAUGACAUUGAGAACUUCCCCAAGACGGACGACGAAAAGGAUAAGUUUGUGGAAAAAUUGUCCGGCUUCUCAAAACAUUCACGGGAGCAAUAUGAGAAGCUGUCUACCAUGCACAAGAACAUGCAGAAGUUAUACGAGAGCCUGGGCAGCUACUACGCCUUCGACCCCCACGUCCUCUGCGUCGAGGACUUCUUCGGUGACCUGGCAUCCUUCCGUACCCUCUUCGUGGAAGCAGUGAAGGACAACCACAAGAAGAGGGAGAUGGAGGAGAAGAUCAAGAGAGCCCGACUGGCCAAGGAGAAAGCGGAGCGGGAGAGGCAGGAGCGCCAGCAGAAGAAGAAGCAGCUGAUUGACAUGAACAAAGAGGGAGGAGAGAAUGAAACAGGUGUGAUGGACAGUCUAAUGGAAGCCCUGCAGUCCGGAGCCGCCUUCCGCGACCGCCGAAAACGAACCCCGCGCAACGACACCCGCCGCGCGGUCCUGGAAAGGUCUCGGUCGCGCCACAAUGGAAACCCCCAGGCUCGAUGAUGGCCCGCGCCUACCAGAAGACGUUAGAUAAGUGCCAAAGAGGCCUGCGAGGAGAAUCUGAGGACGUCUAGUCGGAGGGAUGGACCCCAGCUGCGUGGCACACACACACACACACACACACACACACACACACACACACACACACACACACACACACUGCCAGGUCUUGAAGAAAACAAAAGGCCCCUAAAGAAUCUAAGAGUAACUGAGAAAACAAGAACAGGACAUCAUCACACAGGAUAUUCAAUAGUCAUAAUGUUGGUCUGACUGCCUUACAUAUUUAUUAUCUACUUUGUCAUGGCUUUGCCUGUACAUGACUGUCUAAAGCUUUGGUUGUUUUGGGGAGAGAAAAAACUGUACUUGGUUGCUCAAAUUAUCAUAUAGGCUCACAGAACUUCACUAUAUCUCUCAGACAACCCAACCCUCCUAAAUACUGCCACACCUGUCCUCUCAUCCCUGGUCAUGUACUUCCGAUUGGAUGCAGAUUUGCUUGAAUUCUGAAACGUGAGUAGGAAUGUAACUAGAGAACAGACAUCUCUCCAGUGAGGACUGACCUCUAGUGUAUUCUAACUAACCACAUCUAACAAAGCUUUCUUUCUCUAUUCCGCUUUUAUUCAACACAUACAGCAAUUAACUGUGGCGUGAACAGUGAAUUGGUGUGAACCCCUUUAUUUGUGAAAGAGUAUUUUCCCCCGAAUGAAUCCGAUAAUAUUAUGCAUAAUAUGUCUCACAACAAGGAUACAGAACUGUAAAUAUGCAUCAGUGAUCUUUAGAGUAUAUGACUGAAUUCUCCAUAUGUUGUGUUAGAGAAAGCAUCAUAUUCAUUGUUUUUUGUUUUUCUCCCAGAGAUGUCAAAUUCCUUAGUGUGCUAAACAUGUUUUUAGAUAUUUUUGCACAUGUAUUGAAAAUGAAAUGCAGAUAUCUUAUUUACAUAAGUAUUCACACCCCUGAGUCAAUACAUGUUACACCUUCGAUUACAACUGAGUCUUUCUGGGUUAGUCUUUAAGAGCUUUGCACACCUGGAUUGUACAAUGUCAUUCUCAAAACAAUUAUUUAAGCUCUGUCAUGUUGGUUGUUGAUCAUUGCUAGACAGCCAUUUUCAAGUCUUGCCAUACAUUUUCAAGCUGAUUUAAGUCAAAACUGUAACUAGGCCACUCAGAUAAUUGAGCUCAGAUAACUCAUGUGUAGAGGUUUGGAUUGAUUUGAGCCAUGUUUUCAAUUUAAAUGUAAAAAAUACAAUAAUCAGUGCAGUUGACAAGUUGAAUCAGGUGUGCUUGUCUAGGGUUACAAUAAAAAGUGUACUGUACUGGAGGGCCAGGGUUGAGAAACACUGCCCUAGUCCUUGCCAAUGACAAGCAUAGCCAUAACAUGAUGCAGCCACCACCAUGCUUGAAAAUAUGAAGAGUGAUACACAGUGAUGUGUUGUGUUGGAUUUGCCACAAACAUAAUGCUUCCUAUUCAGGACAUAAAGUUAAUUUCUUUGCUAUA